UACAAAACCUAGCCAUUUCCUCAGAUGGGGAGGAUCCCUUCCUAAAUACGUUUGCCAGGGGAUGCUGGGAGGUGCAGUCUGCCCCCUUGGCAUCCUAUUGGGGAGAGGGGCCUGCAAAUGCGAGGGAAAGAGUGUUGUUGCAGAGCUUCCCAGAUGAAGAGAAGGAAGACCGCCUGACGUCCUCCCAGGAGAUACUGGCUACCCUGGUCCAGCUGCCAGAGAAGCAGGAGGCCCUCGAGGCCCAGAUCCAGGCGAUGGAGGAGCUGCUCAAGCAGCAGUUGGGGCUUACAGCCGCUCCAGCUGCUCCAGAUAUGACGGCUGAACUGAAGCUGCUGAUGGAGCAAAUGGAUAGGAUGCAGCUGCAGGAGGAGCAGAGGCGGGAGUCCCUGAAAGGGACCAUGGAGCAGCUGGAGCAGCUGAAGGAACACUAUGAGAAGCUGCAGCGAGGGGUGGACCGCCUGGCCAAGAGCACCUCCGACAUGGAGGCCAUGCGCAUGAUGCUGGAGCAGCUGGACAUCACCAAAGCGGACAAAGCCCUGAUCCAGGAGGAGAUGAAUGUGAAAGCAGACAAGAGCGCCCUGGAGGCUAAGGUCAACCAUGGGGAGCUGAAGUCCGCCACAACUCAGCUGAGCGAGAUGAUGCAGGAAUUGCUGCAGAAGAUGUCCCUCCAGGACAAGGACUGGCAGAAGGCCCUGGAGAAGCUCUUCACUGAUAUGGACUGCAAGUUAGACCGCAUGGCCCUGGACCCUUUGAGCCAGCAGCUGGAGGAAGUCUGGAGGUUCAUCAAGAAGUUCCUGAGUGAAGGGCCCCGCUUUGACGCUGACAGUGCUGCCGGUUUCAAGAAGCAGCUCUUUGAGAGAGUGAAGUGCAUCUCCUGUGACCGGCCAGUGACCAUGGCAACCGGGCCGCACAUGAUCACUGUCCGCAAGGUGCCCCUGAGACCCCGUCCGGCCAGCGCCAACGGCUACGAGUACCUUGCUCGACCUCAGAGGAAGGAUCUGGAAUCAGCUGAAGUGGGCUCUGGAGCGGCUCCUGUGCAGACCUGUUGGCAGUGCCAGGCCCACCACCAGUCCUGCACCCUCAAGCGCAUCUCCCGCUCCCAGGACCUGGGCACCGUCUUCCCCUACGGAGACCCCUCAGCUCUCACCUACGACCACACCGAAGUGGACAUCCUUGGCGUGAAUGGCGUCCUGUACAAAGGGCGGCUGGGUACUGAGGCCACGGAGCGGGCUCUGGCCAUCCAAAGGGAAUUUACAGCCGUGAAGGUGCGCCGCCCACUGUCCCGGAUGGAGAGAGCACGUUCGGCCUUUGCAGAUGUCAGCGCCUCACCUUAUGCAGCCUCUUCUCUCCGCCGGGUCGGGACCACUCCAAACGGGGGCCGCCGUCGAGGAGAGCAUCCGCCGGGAUUGAACCUGGAGAACCUGGAUGGCCACUUGACCACUAGUUUCAGCCAGACCCACAUCCCCAAUGGCGGAGGGAUGUCCGGCCUAUGAGAAGGGGCCUCCUUUUUGGACUACAGGCCCCUCGUCCCCCCUCUUUAUGACUGUAAAUAGAAGAAGAAUGUGUUGAGUGAAGAAAUGUGGAUCCAUAAAACUGAGUUAUUUGUUUUUCAAA